UCUGAUUCGAGUUGGAUCGUUAAUCGCGGUGCAUCGAGCCAGGUGGCGCAGCCGCAUCUGUCGCCACUUGGAAUAAAUUUCGCCCACUCCUCAAGUCACGCCAUGGUUGCACCGGCCGUGUACGCCGCCGCAGGCAUCGUCGUCAGCAUCACCAUGGGCAUAUACAUCGCAUGGCGGAAGCCCUACCUCCUGUGGCCGUAUGUGUACGUUGCCAGCGCUGCCACGACGAUCGCUGUGCUCGUCGACGUGUGCUCCACCCACACGUUGGCGGGUAUCUGUUUGGGUAUUCUAGCCGCCGUAAGUCUUGCUGUCACUUUCAGUGGCCACGACCGCGCGUUGGUCGUGUGUGUGUCGACCGCUCUCGUGGUUUCGGUGUGCAUCGCCCCUGCUCUGCCCGUGACGGAGCUCUUUGUACCGUUGGCGAUCGCUGGGACAGCAAUUGUGCUGGGCACGACGUUUUCCCCCGUGAAACAGAUCGGUCUCCGACGAUUUUUUCUCGGGGCUGCAGCGCCCCUCGGCAUUGUCGAUGCCUUGUUCGCUGUGCUGUCUCAGCACCAUCCAACGCUCCUGCUUACGUUUGCGACGAACGACGUGUCCAUUGAAGAAGAGGCUGUGUACUUGGCCACUGUCAUCGCAGCUAUGGCAAGUGGACUUGUCGUGAUGAGAUAUCAAUGGUGCAUCGCCGUGGUUCCAGUGGCCACCGGGUCGUUCUUGGCGUCGCUGGCCGCCACCGCGUUUGCUCGGGUCGCGAUGGACAUUGGCAUGACUGUGGAAGCAUUUGCCAUGGCCCGCGCUGUGGGUGGAUUGACUUUGUGCGCAUUGGGCUGGUACUUCGGCCCCUCCACUUCGCCCCAACCAACGCCGACGCCGUCUUCGCCAAGCAUUGUCAAGGCUGCACCAGCUGCUUCGUUCAACACGUGCACAGCACAGGUCGUGCUGGCACCGCCUACAAGCGACAGCGCCGCCGCUGUAUUGACUACUCCCAGUGGUGAUUUUGUCCGAGAUCGUACCAUCGUAUGACUCCUGCGAUGACUGCGAGAGUAACUUAUUGUGCGUCCAAGUCCCGAAUCCAUUGGAAUGAUCUUGCAGGCGAUCCAUCACGUUAUUCCUCAAGCACAACCGCCCUGCUAACGAUAUCACGCGUACGGAUCGCUGAUUGUUCAGCAGGGCCAGGACACAGUGAGGGGACAACCACGAUGAAACAC